GGCAACACUACUUUGCACUAUUGAAUGCCAUUUCUCGAAAUGAAUGUUUCAAAAUGUUCGUGUGUUUAAAUCGAUUUUUUAAAAUCAAAAAUAAAGCCACCAGAUAAAGCUGCCAUGCACCUGAACUCGACGUCGAGUUGGCUACGUAAAGUGAUAUAAGCUAGUGAUUUUAUUGUGGCACAACCAACACGCAGCGUUUAAAUCAGCAGCGAAGUAAACAAGUUAGUGUUAAGUGUGCAACUGGUGCAAGAAAUCGAAGAAAAACGUAAUAGGCCACGCCACAACAACAAUAACAGCAGCGACAACAACAACAAGGCUAAAAAGGGCUGCGCAAAAACGUAAACAAAAGCAAGUUGAAAACGGGGCAAAGGAAAAGGUCAGAGCAAAAGUAAAAUACCAAAGGAAAGCCAGAGGAAAACAAAGCCACGAAAGCGAAGAACAAAGAGGGGAGCUCAAUAGAAAAGGAACGGAAGUGGAGCGCGGAGGAGGCGAAAGAGCAAAAGAGGAACAGGAAGAGGAAGAGAGAAGGAGCAGCAGCUGAAGCAGAAGCAGAAGCGCAAAACAGAAACCGAAAAAUGGACUCGGACAAUGACAAUGAUUUCUGCGAUAAUGUCGAUUCGGGCAACGUUUCGUCGGGCGACGAUGGCGAUGAUGACUUUGGCAUGGAGGUGGACCUUCCAAGUUCCGCGGAGCGCCAGCUGGACCAAGACGACUACCAGUACAAGGUGCUCACCACCGACGAGAUUGUGCAACACCAGCGGGAGAUCAUCGACGAUGUCAAUCUGCUUCUAAAGUUACCCACACCCAUUACGCGGAUACUGCUGAAUCACUUCAAGUGGGACAAGGAAAAGCUCUUGGAGAAGUACUUCGACGACAACACCGAGGAGUUCUUCAAAUGCGCACACGUCAUAAAUCCUUUCAACAAAGCCACCGAAGCGGUCAGACAAAAGACCACCCGAAGUCAGUGCGAAGAGUGCGAAAUAUGCUUUUCAUUGCUCCCGCCAGAUUCUAUGACCGGGCUGGAGUGCGGACACCGAUUCUGCAUGAUCUGUUGGCGGGAGUAUCUGACAACGAAGAUCGUGACGGAGGGUCUGGGCCAGACCAUCUCGUGCGCGGCGCACGGCUGUGAUAUACUGGUGGACGACGUGACCGUCACCAAGCUGGUGGUGGACGCACGGGUGCGGGUCAAAUACCAGCAGCUGAUCACCAAUAGCUUUGUGGAGUGCAAUCAGCUACUACGCUGGUGUCCGUCCGUCGACUGCACCAAUGCGGUUAAGGUGCCGUAUGCGGAGCCACGUCGCGUCCACUGCAAGUGCGGUCAUGUCUUCUGCUUCGCCUGCGGAGAGAACUGGCACGAUCCGGUCAAGUGCCGCUGGCUAAAGAAGUGGAUCAAGAAGUGCGACGAUGACUCGGAGACGUCCAACUGGAUCGCGGCCAAUACCAAAGAGUGUCCCAAGUGCAGCGUGACCAUUGAGAAGGACGGUGGCUGCAAUCACAUGGUGUGCAAAAAUCAGAAUUGUAAGCACGAAUUCUGUUGGGUCUGCCUCGGUUCUUGGGAGCCGCAUGGCUCCUCUUGGUACAACUGCAAUCGCUACGACGAGGACGAGGCCAAGACCGCUCGCGAUGCCCAGGAGAAGCUGCGCUCCUCGUUGGCCAGAUAUCUCCACUACUACAAUCGCUACAUGAACCACAUGCAGUCAAUGAAGUUUGAGAACAAAUUGUAUGCAUCUGUGAAGCAAAAAAUGGAGGAGAUGCAGCAGCACAACAUGUCCUGGAUUGAGGUGCAAUUUCUGAAAAAGGCUGUCGACAUACUUUGCCAGUGCCGUCAGACUCUCAUGUACACAUACGUGUUUGCGUAUUACUUGAAAAAGAACAAUCAAUCCAUGAUAUUCGAGGAUAAUCAAAAGGACUUGGAGUCGGCAACCGAGACGUUGUCCGAGUAUUUGGAACGUGAUAUUACAUCCGAGAAUUUGGCUGAUAUUAAGCAGAAAGUGCAAGAUAAAUACAGGUAUUGUGAAAAGCGGUGCUCUGUUCUGCUGAAGCAUGUGCACGAGGGGUACGACAAGGAUUGGUGGGAAUACACAGAAUGACGCGAGUCAUGGCUGGAUAACUAAGCUAAGCUGAGCGGCAGGCAGUAGGAGUGUAGUGCCCGCUAAACGCCUCCCCAUCCAGCAUCCCAAAUGCACCAAACACUAUCCUCCAUCCCCACACCCAUCCACAUAAUUACAAGCGCCCACCCAUACCGAAACCGAAGCCGAAGAAGUUGAACAGAAGUUAAGAAUAAUGCAGAAAGCUAAAACAGAAAGGCAAAAGGAAAGAAAGAUCAGAAGGACAACCACAGAAUGUACACUCAAAAAGAAUUUGCUAAUCGGAAUGUAAAACCAUUUUAGAAGAUUGUGAAACCAGAGAGAAAUCAAUAUGAAAUCGUAACACAUAAAUAUAUAAUAAUAUAUAUUUUUCUUCGUAAUGAGCAGCAGCAACAACAGAAGCAUCAGGACACACUCGGACACACAAGCCCACUCACACAACCAGUCACAAGGAUCAGCAACAGCAGCAGCAUCAGCGGUAUAUAUAUAUUAUAUAUAGUAAAUAAUCAACAGUUACAAACUUAUUUGAUGUUAACCGAUUGCAAAGAGAUCUUCAUGUUAUCAAAAACUAAAGAAAAACGACUAAAUAAAAAAGCGAACAAUUAGUGAAUUCAAAACUCCAAGAAUGAGAAACCAGCAAUAGAACCUACAAUAAUGUGAAAUAAACUACAAAUGUAAGCAGAAAGGACACUUGCCCAGCUUCCUUACCACCUGCCCAACUUCCUUCGACCGUUCUACGUACCGUUUUUAAAACCCAUUUAGGCUUCAAGUUAGCAUUAUUGCUCUUUAGUUCCAAUCUCAGACCCAGUUCGAUUUCUAAAUUUCGAAUUUCUUCCAGAUGUGUUAAGCCUUUAUUUAAUUAAUUGAUUUGCCUUAUUCCUAUUCUGUUUUCUGUUCAAUAAACAAUUGUGCCUAGCAUAUAUGGAAUGGAAACGUUUGCGAUUCGAUCGGAUAAGCUUUGUUUUCGUGGCGGGAGCAGAGCUACGCCCCCAUUCUUAGUUCGUAAUGGCCUCUCGAAUAUUGUAAAUGUUAAAUGGAGCCCGGGUGGAUCAAGAUCAGUGCUCCCAACCGCGAUAACCCAAGUGAACUUUGUUUUGCUCCAGCACAAAUCGAAGAACAUACCGAAAUCCGAAAGAAACACACAUACACUGAGUUAUAUAGACGAGAUAUGUAUAGUUAAUGGGGGAGGGAGGCUGGAUCUAGGGAUCCUUGGAGUACGUAUAUAUCCUCCUUCUCCUUAAAUCGUUGUAUAUAAGAGAGUUUUGUCCAUGGUUUCCUAGCCCGCCCACAAAAAAAAAUAAAAACAACACAAAAUUGCGCACCUCAAACGCGUCAAGUACACCCAAAAUCAAGUCGACUUGCCACGCCCCCGCUACGAAGGCGUUGGACCCUUUUACCGUGUUUCCGUUUUCAGCAUUCUCUAUAUUCUUAACAACAAUAAAUAAAGAAAAACAAUUAUAUUUAUAAACAAAACUAAAUGGAAAAACUCAUUGAAAUUAAAUUGAUGUAAAAAGUUAAAAGUUGUUCGAAUUGAAAGAAAAUGAAAAAAUACCAUAAUGUGGAAUAAAAAAAGAUAUAUAAAAAAGCUGUAAAAAUUAUGAGAAACUAUGUAUGUAUAAUUAAAGAUGAAAUGUUGCAAAAAUUAGUGAAAAUAAAAAUUUAAAAAAUCCA